AAUGAGUUCUUAUAUUGAAAUGGGUCCUUUGGCAUUUGCCAUAGUGAUGGUGCCCAUUGCUGUCGCCACUAUCCUGAUCAACGUGUUUUUUAUCUGCUGUAUGUUUUCUUCACAGGAAGGACCAGAAAACCUACAAAAGCAACCCCUUAAUGUUUUACUCGGAUCGCUUAUUGCGUGCAACUUCAUUCUUAACAUUUUUAACCUUUUGUUCGUUAUGUAUGACACUGUUGAUGUGUCUCUAUGGGUAUUGGAUGUUUCAUAUGCAGCUACAUUUUAUACCAUGAGGACAAGUUUUACUUCAUCUCUUGGGCUGAAUGUAUUUUAUUACUUUCAGAUUGUUCCUGCCCACCAACCUUUUUUGAUCUGGGUGAAGACCCACAUCAAACUCUUUAUGUAUUUGAUGUUGCUUUCUGACAGAAUCUUCUUUUUAUUUGGAUUUAUUAUGCGUGUUCUCCCAAUAAGUGUUUUCAUUUCUGAAGUGGACUUGAAUUCAUCCAGUGUUGCCUUGAACGUCACCAGUGGAGGCUUUGAAGUCCUAUAUGAUCUGAUACUGACAGACUUUUGGCUUAGAUGUUUCUAUUUUUUGGUUUGUCUUGGCAUCAUGGUGGCAUCAAACACCUCCACUGUUCUCUAUCUAUGGAGACAUGUGAAGAGGAUGGAGGACUCAAGUUCUUCUUCUGCUCUUCAUUACCAGAAGCAGAAGCGAGUGGCUAUAUUGAGCAUCAUACAAACUUUGCUUUUCUUUUUCUCCUCAGCUUGGCUAAUGGCAGAUGAAAUCAUGUUUCGUUUUAAUUUAUUUUAUUUUGAUCCAAGUGGUAAUAUACUUUAUUCUGUUGUGGGCUUUUACUCUUUUGGUACAACCAUCAUUCUAGGUGUUGGACAGACAAAAUUCAGAGUUCGAGCUGUAGAGAUUGGGGAAAAAAUGGUCAGACUAUCUCACAAAGUAACCUGAAUGUGAGUGACAGGAAUGGAAAUUUUAAUGGUUGUUUCAACUUCUGAUACGGUAAAACGGGAAAUAGUGAAAUACUAACAUUUGAAUUUCAAACUGGUGAAAAUAAAUAUAUGUAAUUUAGGGUCAGAUGUAAAAACUGAGAACUUAUAGAAAUGUUACUACAUUUGAUUUGUCAUGAGAUUAUUUGCUGCCAUCUGCAAACCCCAAUAUGUCAAAGAGAUUCAGUCAUUUUUACAAAUCUUUCACAUAUAUUUUGCAGAAAUCAUGUUUCCUUCAAUGUUUGCUUGUGAUUGGUCGUUCUUACUAAAUGCAUAUUGUGAUGUGGUGAUAACUAUGGUUAGUAUGAUUUCUUUAAUAAGGCUAAAUCAUGUUUAUUUUUAAAAAAUUCCUACUGUAAGAACUGGUUUAACAUUCAAAGCCUUCAUCUUUGUGGAUUGU